AUAGUUCUUCUGUGUUAGUCUGCUGUUCUGCAAGUGAAGCCCAGGAUCCAGAGAUCUAGAUGGCUGUGUGUUUGCCUGUUAUAAACAUUCAUGUUUUGGCGGUGGAAGGGUGCAUGGGAAGUUUUGUUUCCCCAAGACAGCCCCCUCUCUGUUUUGCCCUUUCUCUCUCCCUCUCUCCCUCUCUCCCUCUCUCUCUCUCAUCUCCAUCUCUACUCUCUCUCUCUCUCUCUCUCUCUCUCAGUGUUGAGGCCGUGAAACCUGAGCUGGGGGGCCAAAUAUAGUGCCACACAGUAAGCGGUCAGAGGCCCGGACAGAUGGGACUGCAGGCCACUUUACAGGCACCACUCAAGUGGACCUAAACCGGCUAAGAGUACUCCAACUCAUUGCCCGACCAAAAAAAAAAAAAAGGAAAAAGUACAGGCUGCUCUUCUGCAAAGAGGUGCUUCCGUUUCGCUCGUCUUGCUCAAACUAUUUGGGGGAACGCUGGAACCAUCACACAGAAAAGACAUUCUGUGGAAAAAGCCUUGAAGAAUGCAGGACGGGAGCUGUAAUGAGCCCCUGCCCCACUCUCUGCUGCUGAAGGACUCCGCUGCACUGGAGGCUGAUGGGGGCAUGUACUCGAACGCCUAUCUCUUCCCAGACUCCCUGGCGGAGCUGGACGGGGGAGACUUCGACUUCCCGGAGCUCUCGGCCUUCCUCAGCGAGGACGAGAUGAGCCUGAGCCUGGACCUGGCCCGAGAGGCCAUGAGCGACACUGAUGAGCCCAGCGACCCCGACCCCCCUGCCCCACGCCCCAUUGAUCCAGUGCUCCACUCCCCUCCCUCAGGUGUCCCCCCCCCACCGCCGGCCCAGGCGACCCCGCACCCCGAGACCAAAGGGCCCGUCCUGCGCGAGGCCCCGAUCUCACACACUCUCCAGACCCCCGACCUCCUCACCUCUCCGUCUAGAAGCCCCGGUGGCGGCGGGCAUGGGACGCCUCUGCUCGUCCGGCCUUCUCAGAUGGCCCCCGGCCCCCUCCCUUCAAACACCGUAGGAGCUUCCCCCGCCUCUACGGAAAAAUUUGUCUGCCACAAGGCCAUCACGCCGGUGUACAAGCAGGAGCGCCCGCGGCUGAUACACGGCGGCCUGGAGCUGAACGAGCGCGACGCCUCGGCCACCGAGUUCUGCAGCCGCGCCGCCACCUUCAUCGAGGAGCUCUCUUCCAUCUUUAAGGGCGCUAACCGCCCGGAGCGCCGCGGCGCAGGCGUGACCGGGAACGCCGGGGGCGGAGGCGGCGGCGGCGGCGGCGGCGAAGAGGAUUCCUCCUCCCCCGACAGCGGCUACCUGUCCCCCAGAAGCCUCCGGCAGUCUGCGCCCCCCUCAUCCACAUCCUCCACCACCUCCUCGGCCUCCUCUUCCUCGCUCGCCCAGCAGGCGGUGCACCACAGGAGCCAGGUGAGCCUGGCCCCCGAGGCACUGGUGGCGGGCGGAGGGGUGCCCGAGGCACAGCGUGGCGAGGGCGUGGCGACCAGCGAUGGCCUCCUGGUGGCGCCACCUCAUUUCACCCAGAAGCUGAAGAGCCAGGAGGUGGCGGAGGGAAGCCCCAUGCGGCUCGAGUGCAGAGUGACGGGGAACCCCCAGCCGCUGGUCAGGUGGUUCUGUGAGGGGCGGGAGCUGCACCACUGUCCUGACAUCCAGAUCUGGCGUGACGGUGACCUGCACACGCUGGUGAUCGCCGAGGCCUUCGAGGACGACACGGGCCGCUACACCUGCGUGGCCUCCAACGCCCUGGGAGCAGACAACACCUCUGCUGAGGUCUACAUUGAGGGAGCUUCAUCCUCAGACUCUGAGGGGGAGGGCUCUGUGUCCAAGUCCAAGCAGGGAGCCAUGCCGCAGGUUCAGAAGAAGACGACCUCUGUUUCCCUGACGAUUCGUUCUCCAUCACCCAAGAGUCCAGAGGCUGUGCCUCUUCGCUCCACACUAGUCCAGCCACUGUCCAUUGCACCACAACGAGUCCAGAGUCCUGUCACCUCUCUGUUUGGGGCCGAUGGACUUCUUGUAGCCCCUCCUGUCUUCACAAAGGUGCUGCAGGACGCCCAGGCAUCCGAGGGCCAGGUGGUGGUCCUGGAGUGCCGGGUUCGAGGCAGCCCCCCUCUGAGAGUGCAGUGGUACAGGCAGGGAGAGGAGCUACAGGACUCGCCAGACUUCCGCAUCCUGCAGAAAAAGCCCCGCUCGGCAGCUGAGCCCGAGGAGAUCUGCACCCUGGUGAUCGCUGAGGCCUUCCCCGAGGACGGAGGGCUGUUCUGCUGCACCGCGAGCAACCAGUACGGCUCGGUGAACAGCACGGCCCACCUCACCAUCACGCCAGUGGUGGAGUCGCCCAGCAACGGGGUCGGCGCCAACGACAGACCGACGGCGUUCGAGGACAACCAGCCGUUCCCUCCGCCACCUCCGCCCACCGAGAUCAGCCUUCUGGAGGUGCCGCCCAAGACCCCGCCGAGCGCCGAGGGUUUCCACGUCAACGAGCUGGAGAUCUGGCCGAGCGUGAGCGCUCUGCCACCGGUCCAGAUCUCCCCGGAGGCCGAUCACCGCGGAAGGGCCAACGGAACCAUCCAGAAUGGCCAGAGCUCCACCCUGUCAGCCCCUUCUCCAGCCAAGGAGGCCCCCCCACCCCACAUUAAGCCCAAGCCCAAACUAAACGCAGAACAACUGAAGCAGCUUCGUGAACAGAUCUUAUUGGAGCAGCAAGAAGCAGCCAUUUGGCAGCAGCACCUGGAACAGGAAGUACCGCCUCCCCUCUGGAGCCACAGCUGCCACAGCAGUCGCAGGAAGGACCGCCCCCGUCUCCUCCUCUCCCUCCUCCUCCCUCCUUCCAGGAGCUGGAGGUCAACGCCAUGCAGACCAGCACGUUCAACUACGCCCGGCCCAAGCAGUUCAUCGCCGCCCAGAGCCCUGGGGGCAGCAGCAGUGGCGGCGGCGGCGGUGGGGGGGGUCCCCUGGGGGGCUACGCCACGCAGUCCUCCAACUCCUCGGGCUCCAGCCUGCCCUCUCCGCUCUCGCCGCCCAGCUCCCACAAGCCCUUCGGCCGCGUGGCGCUGCCCCCGUUCCAGUCGCCGGGCCUGGCCAAAGCAGGGAGCGUGGAGUCUCCCACCUCGCCGUCCUUCCCCCCGCCGCCCCCGCCCUUCCUGAGCAGCGGCGGCAGCAGCGUGUCCUCUCCCUCGGGCGUGCAGGACUUCCCCCCGCCGCCACCUCCUCCGCCGCCUCCUCUGCCCGUCUCCGCCAGCCCCACCUACUCCGACAGGUCCUCCCCCUUCACCUCCACCCCGCAGUCGCCCGCCAACUUCCUGGUGUCCGUCCUGCCCAGCACACCCUCC